UGUACGUUGUCAGGUAAAGCUGUAAAGUAGGACUGCCAAGGCAUAAUUUUUGCGACGUUGCCACAGAGGUUGGCAAUGGAUGCGGUUUACGGGGGUGGAUUGCUGUGCCUGUGUGUGAGCGGCUGGUUGAUGGCAGCGCUGUCUGACUGCCGCCGGUACCUGCAUUGAACGUUAGAAGCCGCUGUGGGUGCGAAAUGGGAUUCUGUAAGAGGCUGCUGGUGACAGGCGGGGCGGGCUUCAUAGCUUCCCACAUGAUCAUAUCACUUGUGGAAAACCAUGCUGACUAUCUAAUUAUAAACCUUGAUAAGCUUGAUUACUGUGCAAGUUUGAAGAAUCUUGAAGCUGUGGCUCAUCGACCAAAUUACAAGUUUUUGCAGGGUGAUAUCUGUGACUCACAAUUUAUAAAGCAUCUCUUCGAUACAGAAAAUAUUGAUGUUGUAUUGCAUUUUGCUGCACAAACCCAUGUAGAUCUUUCAUUUUUGAAUUCCUUUAAAUUUGCUUUUGUGAACAGUUAUGGCACACACAUUCUACUCACUCAUGCUCAUGAAGCUGGGGUAGAAAGGUUUGUCUAUGUAAGCACAGACGAAGUUUAUGGUGGUAGUUUGGAUGAGGAAUUUGAUGAAACAUCACCAAAACGGCCAACAAAUCCAUAUGCAUCGUCCAAAGCAGCUGCAGAAAGCUUUGUGCUGUCUUUCUGGGAAACAUACAAGUUUCCAGUUGUUAUCACAAGAUGUAGCAAUGUUUAUGGACCUCAUCAAUACCCAGAAAAGGUCAUACCCAAAUUUAUUUCUUUAUUACAACACAACAGAAAAUGCUGUAUCCAUGGCACUGGACGCCAGAUACGAAAUUUCCUCUAUGCUACAGAUGUUGUAGAAGCAUUACUAACCGUUUUAGAAACUGGGAAAAUUGGAGAAAUCUACAACAUUGGUACAAAUUUUGAAAUAUCCGUAACCCAACUUGCUAGGGAGCUGAUCGAAUUGAUCAAAAAUACAACAUCGGAAACAGAAACAAAGGACUGGAUGGAAUAUGUAAAUGACAGGCCAGUCAAUGAUCUACGAUACCCAAUGAAAUCAGAAAAAAUUCAUAAUUUAGGAUGGAGACCAAAAGUUCAUUGGAAAGAUGGCAUCAAGAAAACAAUUGAAUGGUACAAGAAUAAUUUCCAUAACUGGAAGGAUGCAAAGCGUGCAUUGGAGCCAGUUUUGUGUGAAGUUUAAGAACAAACCAUGGAUCAUAUGGACAACCUGAAGAUCAUGUAGACAUGAAGCCGUAAGACUCCUCAAGGAAGCAAAUGAAUGAAGUACUCACAGACUUUUUAGUUAUGUUGGAACUGGAUCAAGAGAAAACAAGCAUUGUUUGUUGUAUUUAUGUGUUUUAUCAAUAAUGAAAUAUUUGUUCCUUACAUUUGGGGGGAGGGGAUUCUGUAAAUUAUUUUUAUUGAGAUUUAUAUAAAACCGUCACAUGAUCAAUCCAAUGGCGUCAACCAUCAAAAGUAUGUCAUGCAUAAUGCAUCAUUUAGAGAAAUAAAUUGUGUGAUUGGAAACCAGCUGUAUAUUCUAGAAGGGGAAUUCUGGAGAGAGCAGAAAAAAAAGUUUAGUCCAAGUGACAAGCUAAAAAAGUGAUUCUAUAGAACACAGGGUUGACAAUCUUCCUCAAUACAGAUGUCAUGGUCUACAUCUCGCAUAAUGCUGGCAAAGCAUCACGGCAGAUCUAGCCUACAACAUCUGUUGUGCUGAACAUUGCCUACCCCAGCUAAAGAAGAUGGUGUGCAAUGUAAACUUUAUUAUUUUAGAUCUGUUGGAAAAUUCAAACUGGAGAAUGCACACACAAAUUUUAAUCUAACUCAUCUUCGACCAUAGAGCAUGAAUUUAUUUUAAUAGAAAGGUUUUCCAGGCCAGUUUAAAAUAUAUUAAUGUAUGUGAACUUUAAAGAGCUGAAGAGAGAACACGUGGUCUCUC